GUAGUCUGUGUUUUAGUGAGAGUUGCUUUUUUAACUCUUUUGGAACGUAAAGUAUUAGGUUAUAUUCAAAUUCGUAAGGGGCCUAAUAAGGUUGGAUUAAUGGGUAUUCCCCAACCCUUUUGUGAUGCGAUUAAGUUAUUUACUAAGGAACAAACUUAUCCUCUUUUGUCAAAUUAUAUUUCUUAUUAUUUUUCUCCUAUUUUUUCUUUAUUUCUUUCUUUAGUAGCUUGGUUGUGUAUUCCUUUAUUUGUAAAGUUAUUUUCUUUUAAUUUAGGAUUAUUGUUUUUUUUAUGUUGUACUAGUUUAGGCGUUUAUACUGUUAUGGUGGCUGGGUGAUCCUCUAAUUCUAACUAUGCUUUAUUAGGGGGACUUCGGGCUGUUGCUCAAACAAUUUCUUAUGAAGUUAGUAUAGCAUUGGUUUUAUUGUCUUUUGUUUUUUUAAUUGGGGGUUAUAAUAUUUUAGAUUUUUUUUAUUAUCAAAAAAGAAUUUGAUUUUUGGUUAUUUUAUUUCCUAUUAGAUUAGUUUGGUUUUGUAUUUGUCUAGCAGAAACUAAUCGGACUCCUUUUGAUUUUGCUGAAGGAGAAUCUGAAUUAGUAUCUGGGUUUAAUAUUGAAUAUAGAAGAGGGGGAUUUGCUUUGAUUUUUAUGGCUGAAUAUGCUAGUAUUUUGUUUAUAAGAAUAUUGUUUUGUGUAAUUUUUUUAGGGUGUGAUUUAUUUAAUAUUAUAUUUUAUGUUAAGUUAACAUUUAUUUCUUUUUUAUUUAUUUGAGCUCGUGGUACUUUACCUCGGUUUCGGUAUGAUAAAUUAAUAUAUUUGGCUUGAAAGAGUUUUUUACCUUUUUCAUUAAAUUUUUUAUUAUUUAUUAUUGGAUUUAAACUAUUAUUAAUUUGUUACAUGUGGUUAAUAGAAAUUAGUAAAGUCAAUAGAAAAUUUGAUUUCUAUCUUAUGUUUUCAAAACAUAUGCUUAUUCAAGCUCAUUAACUAGUUGAUUAGAUUAUCUCAUCAUUUAUUAACUAGUGGAUUAAUAAUAUAAUAAAGGAAGUAGAUAAUAGUUAAAAUUUGCCCUACUAGGACGUACGGAUCUUCUACUGGACGAGCACCAAUUCAUGUUAAUAGGAUAACUGUCACUACUAUAGAUCAAAAUAAGAUUUUAUUAAUAGGAUAGAAUUGAAUUCCUCGAAAUUUUCUUAAAUGAUAAAAAGGCAAAAUAGCUAAAAUAGCAAUUGAUAAGACUAAUGCAAUUACUCCUCCAAGCUUGUUAGGAAUAGAACGUAAGAUUGCAUAAGCGAAAAGGAAGUAUCAUUCGGGUUGAAUGUGGACUGGGGUUACUAAAGGAUUUGCUGGGAUGAAAUUAUCUGGGUCUCCAAGUAAGUAGGGGUUGAUUAAUGUAAGAAGAAGAAGGGCUGCAAUUAUUACGAUGAAUCCUACGAUAUCCUUGAAUGAGAAAUAUGGGUGGAAGGGGAUUUUAUCAAUAUUAGAAUUUAAUCCAAUUGGGUUAUUAGAUCCUGUUUGAUGUAAGAAUAAUAAAUGAAUUAAAGUUAUUGCUAGUACGAUAAAUGGUAAAAUAAAAUGAAAGGUGAAGAAUCGAGUAAGGGUUGCGUUGUCAACAGCGAAUCCUCCCCAUACUCAUUGUACUAAAUCAAUACCUAAGUAUGGAAUAGCUGAUAAAAGGUUAGUAAUAACUGUGGCCCCUCAGAAUGAUAUUUGUCCUCAAGGUAA